AUGGACGUUGAUAUGGAGAAAAGAGCACGUAAAACGUACCAGGAUGCGAUAGAAGAGUUUUCCGAAUGGGUGUCUGAGACGGAGGUCAAGGGAAAGAUCCCAGUCUUCAAGGAACAUGGAUUCUUCUUCAUUCCCGCCGAAACCGUCAACGCGAACAUCGAGUUUUGGGAACCUCGACGCCGUUUUGGAACACCCAAGUUGCUGGGUUGA